AUGGCUGUACUCCUCUUCAUNUGUACUCCUCUUCAUGAAAGCAUAAAAAAUGGUUCGAUAGAUAUUUCUCUGAGAUUGAUUGAAUGUGGAGCCGAUAUUAAUUCAGCAGAUAAAUUCAAUCUUACUCCUUUGAGCCUUUCUAUCAAACUUGGUUAUUUUGAAAUAGCAGAUAAACUGUUAUCCGAACAGGCAAAUAUUCAUUCUGUAGAUUAUAAAGGACAAACUUUAUUGCAUAUGUGUGUUUUAAAUUUUAAAAUUAUGGAUUCUAUGGGUGAGGAAUAUUUUACAGAGACCUACAAUGACUUAGUCUCUAAUCUAAGUAGGUUUGACAUUUUUAAAAAGCUGGUAGAAAGAGGAAUUAGUAUUGAAAGGGAAAAUAUCUUUGGCAGAACUCCUUUGCACUUAGCUUGCAUCUCAGGCUAUGAUGACAUCGUUCGAUAUUUAAUCCCUAAAUUAGUUGACAUUAAUGUGUCCGACAAAAUGGGAUAUACACCCUUACAUCAUGCUGUCAAAAAUAAUAAUCUGAAAGUUAUAGAUAUGCUAUUAGCCAGUAAAGAAUGUCGUUUGGACUUCAGAACGUUUAAAAACGAAACAGCUCUAUGCUUAGCUGCAACCAACAACUACACUGAAUCAACGCGACUGUUGAUCAAAUAUGGAGCUGAUGUGAAUGAUGGGGAUCCACUUCAUGAAGCUCUUAUGCGGGGAUAUCAGGAUAUGUGUAUAAUUCUUCUAGAAAAAAAAUCAACCAAUAUCGAAAAGCAGUUUAAAGAUAAAUCUAAAACGCUUCUUUG